CUGGUCUGUACAGAGAGUAUAGUCCUUCAAUAAUCCUGUCACUCAUUAGAAGGAGGGUGUGUCUGCUUUUGUGAUGUAAUGUUGUGUGCAGGAGGGCGGGUUCGUCAUAAAGUUAAACAGGUGAGCAGGUGCACACUUUGGAGACAGGAGGAUAUUAGGCUACCCAUCACCUGCCGCUAAAGCACAGCACAGUGUUGAGUGGCAGAAUGGCCAACUUCAAAGGACAUGCAUUACCAGGUACAUUCUUCCUGCUGUUUGGCCUGUGGUGGUCGAUAAAAUACCCUUUGCGACAGAUGCGGAGAAGAGAGAGGCGACAUGGAGACAGAGAGAACCAAAGGCUGACUUUACUCUUUAAGCGAAUAGACUUAAUCGAAGGGGCUCUGAAGAUUUUCUUUACAUUUUCUGGGAUCAUGGCAGAGCAGUUUGUGCCUGAUGGUCCACAUGCUCAUCUGUAUAAUGAUGGCUGGAUAAAGCUGAUGAAUUGGCAGCACAGCACCAUGUACCUGUUCUUCGGCAUCUCUGGCAUUGUGGAUGUUCUCAGCGCCUCUUCUCUUCCUGUUCCAGUUGGUCUCGACCGCCUCUCCCUUUCCUUGGCUCUUUUUGUGGAAGGGUUCCUUUUCUAUUUUCACGUACACAACCGUCCUCCUCUGGACAAGCACAUUCAUUCUUUGCUUCUGGUUGCCGUGUUUGGUGGAUCAGCCAGCACCAUGCUUGAAGUGUUUAAGAGAGAUAGUCCAGUGCUGGAGAUUUUCAGAUGCAGUGUGGCCAUCUUACAAGGCACCUGGUUCUAUCAGAUUGGAUUCGUUCUGUAUCCUCUGAGCGGACCCGAAUGGGAUCUGGAAGCCCAUGACAACAUCAUGUUUAUCACCAUGUGCUUCUGUUGGCAUUAUGCUGUGGCAAUACUGAUCGUGGGCGUCAUCUACGGUGUGGUUUUUUGGUCUUCAAAAUGGUGUAUCGGAAGACAGAUGGGUGACAUGGAAUUGGGCCUUAGGAAGUCUACUCCCUCUGACCCGAGCUCCCAGAAAGCUUUGCUUCAGGAAUCAGAUGAAGAAUAGAUGGAGCCAUUGAUUUUGGACUGUGAGAAAUGCCAAUUUAAGAACUAAAUGCACUGUAGGAUUUAUUUGCCAACAAUCUGAUCAUCCAAUAGGACAGAUUCAAACUAUUCAACAACUAUCAAAACCCUCUGUAUUUAUGCUUAAAAUAUAUGAAAUGGACUUGUAAAUAAAGUGGUUAUCACAGGUGCUAUGAGCACCUGGCACAAUUCCCACUGAAACACAUUCGUGUCAAACCAGUCAUCUCACCUAAAGAACCCAGAAACAAAACAAAAUAUUCCUCUGGUAAUACAUUUAUGAAUGAUAUUCCCAACAAAUAUAUAUGUAUUAGAUACAUAAUAAUGCAUGCACACAUAUUUAUAAUGAAAUGUAAAUACUGCUAGUAUUUGGGACUGCUUUAUCAGUUGUUAUUCAUGAUACUGGCCACAGCAUGUAAAUGAAGCGGCACAAAGCAGGCAAAUGAUUAUUUUUGCAUAUAUAAGUUCAGGAUCAAGCCUUCAAUUGCAGUAAGCAACUUGACUUAUCGUUACAUUUACAUUGGCCUAAUUCACUUGCAUGCACAUAACAGUUGUUACUCAAAAUACAUAUUUGUUUAGCACACUCAUUUAUUUAUAACAUAACACAACAGCUACUGUACAUUAACAGUAUUCAUUCAAUUACACUGCUUUAUGAGAAAAUAAGAAAUAAACAAAUUUGCAUCCA